AUGAUACGCUCAAAGCAAAUCAGUAACCUUACAAGUACAGCGAGAUCCUAUUUUCUUAGUGGAUCGAGAACAAGUGCAGCUGAUGGGAAUCCUUGUGCAUACACCGAUGAUGAAACCUGUGUCUCGAGACGUCAACAACUUAGGAAGGAAGCUGCACAGACUGAGAAACGACCAUCCAGUAUUGUCCGUAACCCUUCGUUAGUUGGAAGUAUAUUGCCUGGAGAGGUAUGUAAACCGGUGGUUCCAAAGAAGGUUGAUGAUUUCGUUCGGCCAUCUCUAUUGCCACAGCAUGUUUCUUCUUCUUCUUCGAGUAAAUCACAUUCGGUUAAUUAUGCAUCAACCAUCGUUAGAGACGAGGAAGCUUCUUCAGAGCCUAUUGGGGAUCAGAUUAUGAGGGCAGGUAUUGUAGCGGUAAAUUUUCUGUCAGAUUUAGCGAAUUGUAAGAUUCCUUCUUCUGAUGGAGGGAGUGAAGCAUUCGGAUUCCCGAAAAGCUGUAUGGUGGAUCCAACUCGGCCUAUUACAAGUGUCAAGUCUUCGAAUGUGAAAGCUAUAAGAAGAGAGCACUUUGCCAAAGUUUACCCUAGACCAGCUUCAAAAGAGUCUUCGAUGGGUAAGAUUAGAAACCCCAGUAGCAACUUCCGAGGUGCUAAGGAAGCUGAACGAGCUGGAUUUGUUAAAGGACUCAAACAAGUUUCAAUCCCGACAGCAAGUAACACGCCAGGCAAGAAGACAAGCCUGUUGCAAAAACCCGGUAUUGAUUCGAACAGGUUUGUGGCAAGCGGUUUCAGUAAAUCCUCAGCCGAAAUGAUGAAAAUGCAUUCAGGGACUGCUCUGACAUCGAGGCAGUACUGUAACAGCGGAUACAUUGUGGAAAACGUUUCCAGCGUUCUGCGUAGAUUCAGGUGGGGCCCUGCUGCUGAAGAGGCCCUUCAGAAUCUCGGCUUGAGGAUGGAUCCGUACCAAGCAAACCAAGUUCUUAAGCAGAUGAAUGACUAUGGAAAUGCUCUUGGUUUCUUCUACUGGCUCAAAAGGCAACCUGGGUUCAAGCAUGACGGGCACACUUAUACCACCAUGGUGGGUAACCUCGGCCGUGCUAAGCAGUUUGGUGCAAUAAACAAGCUCCUCGAUGAGAUGGUUAGAGAAGGAUGUCAGCCAAAUACGGUUACGUAUAACCGACUUAUCCACAGCUAUGGCCGUGCCAAUUACCUGAAUGAAGCUAUGAAUGUGUUCAAUCAAAUGCAGGAAGCUGGAUGCAAACCUGACCGGGUAACUUUCUGUACCCUCAUAGACAUUCAUGCUAAGGCUGGGUUUCUCGACAUUGCCAUGAAUAUGUACCAGAGAAUGCAAACAGCAGGUCUUUCUCCUGAUACUUUUACUUACAGUGUCAUAAUAAACUGUCUUGGCAAAGCUGGACAUUUACCUGCUGCACACAAGCUCUUCUGUGAGAUGGUUGAUCAGGGCUGUACUCCUAACUUGGUCACUUACAACAUCAUGAUAGACCUGCAUGCCAAAGCAAGGAACUAUCAGAGCGCGUUGAAGCUUUACCAUGACAUGCAAAAUGCAGGGUUUGAGCCUGACAAAGUGACGUACAGCAUUGUGAUGGAGGUGCUUGGACACUGUGGACAUCUCGAGGAAGCAGAGGCUGUUUUCACCGAGAUGCAGCGUAAGAACUGGAUCCCUGAUGAGCCGGUUUAUGGUCUUUUGGUGGAUUUGUGGGGAAAAGCUGGUAAUGUGGAAAAGGCGUGGCACUGGUAUCAGGCAAUGCUUCACGCUGGUCUGCUACCUAAUGUUCCCACUUGCAAUUCCCUUCUUAGUACCUUUCUUAGGGUUAACAAGAUAGCUGAAGCGUAUAAGUUAUUACAGAACAUGCUGGCUCUUGGUCUACGGCCCUCUUUGCAGACAUAUACGUUGCUCUUGAGUUGUUGCACAGACGGUCGGUCGAAACUUGACAUGGGUUUCUGUGGGCAGCUAAUGGCAAGCACGGGUCAUCCCGCACACAUGUUUCUCCUCAAGAUGCCACCUGCGGGUCCAGAUGGGCAGAACGUGCGGAAACACGUGAACAGCUUCCUGGAUCUCAUGCACAGCGAGGACAGAGAGAGCAAGAGAGGACUGGUGGACGCGGUGGUUGACUUUUUACACAAGUCAGGGCUGAAAGAAGAGGCGGGAUCUGUUUGGGAAGUUGCAGCACAAAAGAACGUGUUUCCGGAUGCGUUGAGGGAGAAAAGCAGCAGCUACUGGCUUAUCAACCUCCAUGUGAUGUCAGAGGGAACUGCGAUAACGGCGCUGUCUAGGACGCUCGCUUGGUUCCGUAAGCAGAUGUUAGUCUCGGGAUCUUGCCCUUCUAGGAUUGAUAUAGUUACUGGUUGGGGAAGACGUAGCAGAGUGACUGGUACAUCAAUGGUGAGACAAGCAGUUGAAGAGCUGCUCAACGUCUUUGGCUCACCGUUUUUCACGGAGAAUGGAAACUCUGGUUGUUUCGUUGGAUGUGGUGAGCCUCUCAACAGGUGGUUGCUUCAGUCUUAUGUUGAGAGGAUGCAUUUGCUGUGA